AUGUUGGAUGCUUGUGUAGCAUCUGAAGAUCCAGAGUCUUUUCCAGAUGCCGCUUUGUAUACGGUGAGGAAUGAGACUCUUGUGCAUGAGAACAUGCUAAGUUCAUUCAUAAAGAAUGAGGUUGGUAAUCUUGAACCUCCAACUCUAUCUGAUGAGAGAGUGGGCCUUCACGCUAUGCCUAGCAAGUUGCGUAGGAUGUGCAGCUCUGAUGACUAUGCCCGUGGCGGGCGUAAAGAGAUUAUAAAAGCAAAGUAUGCUGAUUCACAGACAUUGCAGGCUGCACGUAAUAUAAUAGGUUGCAGGAACCAAGAGAAUAAGAAUUUUAGAACAAUUCAUGUCUUUUUUAGAGCCGCAGGCUGGCCCAUUAUGUUCUUCUUUAUACUUACAUUCACGUUUGCAAGCUUAGGUAAUGUUCAAUUUGUAAUAAUGUCAAAGCUAUCGGAUGCAGUUGUUAAAUACAAGAAGGAAGUGAAUGAAGCUACAAUUUCAUUUUCUGAACUUGAAAUGUAUUGUACCAAGGCACUAAGAUGGAUUCUUGUUAUUUCCACCUUGGUGAUGAUUGGAGCUUUCUUCCGUAUAGUUGCCAUGACCCAAGCAUCGUUCAAUGUCUCAAGGAGAAUCCAUGAGUAUUGUAUCGACUCUGUUUUUACCAACAAUUCUGCUGUAUUGAAGAUCAAGAAGGUAUUGACCAGUGUUCAUACUUUCCUGUAUAUGGAUACGCUCACAAUUGAUAUUAUGCUAAAUUACUGCAUGCAUGAUGUCUGUCUCCUAUUGAUCGAAGCAGGUGCUCAUCUUCUCAUGUUAUUGUUCAUGAUGCCGUGGUCUACUCCAAUUGCUGUUAUACUUUGCUUCAUCAUUCUGAGGUACUUCCUUUACUAUUUUGUCAAGUCAUGUAGGAGUCUGCAGUAUACACGUGUGGAGGCAUUUGAUAAAAUAAAUGAUACAAUUGAGUCGGCCAUAUCUGGUGCUCUCGACCACGUCUUCACAUUUGGUACACAUUCAUGA